CUCAUCUUAAAAAGUGUUGCUGCGACGUCCGCUGAAAUCAUAAGGCAGUUAGACGAGCAAGAGGUAAAACAUGAAAUGCGAAGUAUUCGUUGUUUGUCUUAUAUUAGGAUGGAUUUGCUACUGUUCAGGAGAAUCUCGACUAAGUGUGGGCAAGAGAGGACUGGACGUCAUAAUCAUAUUGGACACGUCAGCGAGCAUUGGUCCUAUGUCUCUGGAAUUGGCCAAAAACUUCACGAAAAUAAUUGUCAAGAUAUUUGGAGUUUCAGCUAGUGCUGACGGAGGAGGCAAUGGGACCAGGUUUGCCUUUAUAACGUUCGACCAUACUGCUUCCCUCGUUUUCAACUUGAAUGAUCCAACUCUGAGAAGUGUUGAUGCGGUAAUACAAAAGAUCAACCAAAUAAAGAAUACCGGCGGUGGGACAUCUCUCAUUGCAGCCAUAGACAUGGCAGCCAGGGAUGUAUAUUUGAGACUAAUAAGAAAAGAUGUCAAUAGGGGAGGUGCGGACACAAAUCGAGCCGUAUUUAUUUUGACCGAUGCAGAAGAGACUGUACAGCGAGAUACAAACAGGUUAAAGCGUAGAAUACACAACCUUAAAGAUGUGGGACAAUUUGAAGUAUUUGCACUUGUUGUUGGGCGAAACUUCGACCGCCAGAUCCUGCGCGCCAUUGCAAGCGAGCCUCAUCAUGAGCACGUGUUCUUUAUGGACGACUUCAAAGACUUGCAGAAGAUUGUUGACACCAUCGCUGGCAGAAAUAUUGAUUUCGGAGAGUGUGGUAAGCCCGGAAAAGCAAACGUACAACAAGAUACUGGGGAAGCCGUCAAAGGAACGUGGCCUUGGAUAGGUUGGAUAGGCGCGCGGGGGAAGUUGUGCGGAGGAGCGUUGCUAUGUGACCAGUUCUUCAUUACUGCGGCCAGAUGCGUGUCAGAGGUCAACGAAAGAACAACAAAGUUGGUUUCUUACCAAGCUCAUGAGAUCAGCGUAAGUCUUGGAAUUAUCAAACUGUUUGACCAAGACAACGAAGAGCAAAGGACGUAUCCUGUCAAGGUCAUUCGACACCCGACCUAUACCGGUAUUCCGGACAAGUAUGGAAUCCAAAACAACGACGUCGCAAUCUUGGACCUGGGUGAAAUCAACAAGACCAGGGCAUCUCUGAACUCGUUAAUCAAACCGAUUUGCUUCCCUUACCGUAAGCUGCUAAACUUCUCCGCCAGUCUCCUUAAGGAUUUAAAGGGCCUUGAGCAUAAUGAUGCAAAGGGAUUCACCGCAGGCUGGGGGCUAAUGCCAGAGAAGCACAGACAGACACCAUGGAAUGCUCUCAAUCAAAACAGACGCAGCAUCCAAUCAGAUCGCGAAUGCGAAUUAAUGUAUCCCAGUUUAGACACGGACAGGGUAUUCUGCGUUGGAAACAUACAAACAGAAACAGAAACAUGCCGAGGGGAUGUGGGUGGAGUCUAUAUGGCUGAACUUCCAUACAUGGGGCGAUACACUGCACUGGGUAUCAGCCUCAGGUCAUAUGAUUGCUCGAAGGAACGACACUUCAGCGUGUUCCUGAAUCUUCACCACCCUGACAUUACUGGAUGGAUGGAGUCUGUGCUUGGCCGUUGUAAUAGAUUGGGGUCUGUGGAAGAAGAGGAGAAAGAGGCUGAGAGGGAAAGGAAAGAAUUAGAAAGACAGGUUGCAGAGAAAGCAGCAAAAGAAAAAGAAGCCUCGGAAACCAAGAAACCCAAGCAACAAAAAGCAACGUAGGCUUAGGGAAUAAUGAGAUGUUCGUAACACAAAGAUGUAUUCUCUUAAUCUUACGAAAUAGUACAAAGUUAAACCAAAAACUUUAAAGCCAAACUCUCUGUGUGUAGGCGUAAUCAACGUUCAUAAGAAGCCGCUUUAGAAUGCCUGCAAUUCAGUUUUUUGUCAUAGCUUUAUAUUAAACGCAUUUAAAAACGA